GGUCUCCAUUAUUACCUUUGCCCACAUAUCUCCCUCUCCCUUCCUUUUUCCCUUUCCUUUGGCAAGAUUUCCCCCCGAUCCAGAUGCGCUCCAUCUAGCUUCAUCAGCCGUUUGCCCAUAGACACACGUCUGCACAGGAGCUUCCCGACGACAGCCCACGGCCAACGCGCAUAGUACACGGCCCCCCUUGACUCCAUCUCAUCGUCCCCAGGCCACUCCACUCACUCACCCUCCAUUCACCCACGGCCGCGCCUGACCAGAGCCCCCAUACAUACAUUUGUCGAUUUACUUGGAUUUGGCCUUGACCUCACACUUGCUCCCUGGUCUCCCCGAUCCGGUGCCGACGACCUUUUUUCUCUCUGUUAUAUGGCUCGUCCGGCGAGGUAUCGCGAAUUUCAAUCCCCCGACGGUCUGGCAGACAUCUUUCCACCCCGACGGUUCCUCCGUGUCUCCACGCAGGGGGCUCGCAGCCAGGCUUGUUGAGAUUCACUCAUUGCCCGUCUCAUCUUAUGGACCGUUACCCGGCCCGCCGUCACUCCUCUCUUGGCUUUUCUUUUUCCUCCCAUGACAUCUGGCGUCGGCGCCCUUCUUCACGCCCCUACCCCCCCCCCCAAAACCCAAACCCAAACCCACCUUCUUUCUUCACGCCGACCACUACUGCCUUUUGACAUCAACAGCAACACUGACCAGGGCGCCCUUCAUUUCCAACAAACCUUUUCAACCACGAUAUCACCGCCACAACCGCCUCAGCCGCGUCUUCACUGCUCGACAAGAAACUUAGGCGGAGCUAGUUUUCUCUGGUAUCUGGUAUCUGGAAUCUGACGCCUCUUGACUUUUUUCCUUCUUUUUUUUUUUUUUUGCUUUUCGGUGACCUAUUCCCCACCAUGGCACAGAAAAGUGGUGUGAAGCAGCAGCAGCAGUCUGAGGACCAGGCGCAAUCUGCAAUUUCUACCAGUUCGGCCACUCCCUCCUCAUCCUCGUCCGCCAAGGACGGCGCGGGAGCAACAGUCGCCAACUCUAAUACUAACUUGGGCGGCCCGGUCUCAUCCACAUCCACGGAUCACCCUCCACCGCCUACCAUGAGCAACCUCCCCAAUUCAUCUCGCUCGUCGUCCUCCACGGCGAGCACCACAAAAUCGGAAUCACCACAGCCCAUGGAGAAGUCUUCGGCUUCGGCCGCCGCCAAAGAUGCUGGUGAGAAGGCCUCUCCCUACGGCACGCGAUCUCGAAAUCGCACUGGUGCUGCGCGCCCAAAUUAUGCCGAAGACAGGGACAUCGACAUGGAACUAUUUGAGCACACCAACAAAAAGGACACCGACUCAAAGAAAGCCCCUUCAUCAAAGCAGCAACAUCUAGAACCACCAAUACCACAAGAAGCCAGUGCGACAUCGUCGUCAUCAUCACAGGCACCACCAGCAGCCAAUGCAGGCCAAACAGCCCCGCGUUCCGGCAAUGCAUCUUCACGAAAGCCUCUGCCCGAUGAGAGCAGGCAAACCACGGCCACCACAAAUGGCACCAAGGAUUCUCACCCGGCUCCAUCAUCUACGACGUCGACAAACACGGCAAACAAAACUAAUGGCAAUUCGACCUCAAACAGUCACAAAGGCAAGAAGCGCAAAGCUACUUCUGCGGCGGCUCCGGCUGCUGAUGCCUCGACUCCCAGCGGAAGCCAGACCCCGUCCGGGACCAAUGGAGCUUCGACCUCAUUGCUAGCGGCGGCUGUUCAUCAGCGACUCGCGGGGACGGCAUCACGCUCGAUGGAUGGCGGAAGUGCGACUCCUGGCGCGCCUGGCUACGGUGAGACGAACAUGCUCACUUUUGAAAACUGCAAGUCGCGGCCGACAAAGGACGGCAAGAUGAUAGCCGACGACGGGACUGUGCUGCAAAAAGAAGAUCACGUCUACCUGGUCUGUGAGCCUCCGGGGGAGCCCUAUUACAUCGGCCGCAUCAUGGAGUUCUUGCACGUCAAGAAUGACACCAGCCUGCCAAUAGACGCAAUCCGCGUCAAUUGGUACUACCGACCAAAGGACAUUGGCCGCAAGGUGCAAGACACGCGCCUGGUCUUUGCCACGAUGCACUCGGACAUCAGCCCGUUGACCUCACUCCGCGGCAAGUGCCAGAUCCGCCACAAGGCGGAGAUCAAGGACCUGGCUGCUUACAAGCGGGCGCCCGACUGUUUCUGGUACGAGAAGCUUUAUGAUCGCUACAUCCAAAAGAACUACGAGGUGAUCCCGACGAAGCAGGUCAUCAACGUGCCCCAGCAUGUCAAGAAGGUGCUGGACGAGCACUGGAAGUACGUCCUGACGGAGCAGGGCCGCGGCAAGGAGUUGACGAGUGCCGUCAAGACGUGCAAGCGGUGCGUUACGUACUGCGCAAACAACGAUUCGGUCGACUGUGCCGUGUGCCAACACACGUACCACAUGAACUGUGUCAAACCCCCCUUGCUCAAGAAACCCAGUCGUGGCUUUGCUUGGUCCUGCGCCGCCUGCAGUAGAGCACACGAGCGCAGGCUUGAAGGUCGCAACACUCCUGGUCUCGCCGACGGUGGUCGUGAUGGCGAAGACGAUGAGCUCCUCGACGAUGAGGACGAGGAGAUGGGUGGUGUUGAUGGUGUGCAGACUGGCCGCACCAGCCGGACAAGCCCUGCUUCGGAUGAAACCCGGCAGCCACCUACCGCAGAGCAGAUAUACCAUGCUAGUCUCUGGCCAUAUCGCUACUUUGGCAUGCAUUGCAAGGUGGAGGACGCUCUCGAUCUGGACGACCGCAUCUUUCCCCGUGCCAGCACCAGACUGGGUUUGAAACAUCAAGCUGUCGUGGGUCCUUGGCCCGGGAGACCGGUGGAAUAUGUCAAGCCUCUAGAGUUCAAGAAAAGUGGCAAGGGUAGCAACAAGCUCACCAAGGAACAGCAGGCUCUCUUGGAAGCUGAGCGGAUCGAGAAGGAGAAGCGCCCAAAAUGGGUUCAAGACACUCCGCCAGGGUAUAUCGAGCGCGGCGGCGACGAGACAGUCACCACCCUCUGGAAGGAGCCGGCCAAGGUUGGAAAUGAAAUGCCUGAUGCUGCCAUCGAUGAUUACAUGGACACCGCCAGAUCUAUGGCCGUCUCGCUUGGUGUACCGAAACAAUCCACCAAUCUCCAGGAUGUGGCGAGAGAUCUUCUUUUCAAGUUCGAUUUCAAUGCCGAAAAGGCCCUCAGGACACUUCCCAAGGUGCCGAAAGAAGAUUUCAAAGAGCCAGAUUUAACCCCAGCAGAGCAGAAGAAGUUCGAAGAGGGCGUGGCCAAAUAUGGCUCCGAGUUGCAUCUCGUCAUGAAGCACGUCAAGACGUUGAAACCAGCUACCGUCGUCAGAUACUACUACACUUGGAAAAAGACAGACCGCGGCAAGCAAGUUUGGGGCAAUUUUUCCGGACGUAAGGGCAAGAAAGAUGCCAAAAAGGCCGAGGCGGCUGCCAACAAGCUGGCUGACGACGUUGCUGAUGUUCACGAUGACUCGGCGUUCGACACGGAGAAGGCCAAGGAGAAGAAGAGAGGCUUCCUGUGCAAGUUUUGCGGCACCAAAAACUCUCGCCAGUGGCGGAGAGCGCCGGCUGCUGCUGUAUCCGCGGUCACCGAGAAUGGUGGCCGUGGCGCUAACAAGGACAAGAAGGAUCAAUGCAUCCAGGCGCUCUGCCGACGAUGCGCCGAGCUGUGGAGACGUUAUGCUAUCCAGUGGGAGGAUGUUGAAGAGGUUGCGAAGAAGGUGGCCCAGACGGGAGGUCGCGGAUGGCGGAAGAAGGUGGACGAGGAUCUUUACAAGGAGUUGUUGGCGGCUGAGGAGAUGGCCAACAAUAUUCAAUAUCGCACCCCCGACCCGGCUGCUACUGCGAGCCCGGCACGCUCUUUCAGUGCCCAACCGAUGGAUAAGGAACCGCCUCGCAAGAAGCUCAAGAGUAUUCCCGACAAGGAUGCUGAUCAGACCGCUUCUGAGUCGGGUAGUGUGGUCAAUGCUCCGAUCUCCAAGAAGAAGGAGAAGGCGGUUGAGAAACAACCUCCACCGCCACCUCCCGUCCCGGAAAUGCCCAAGCCGCGGACGCUGCCUUGUGCUAUUUGCCUUGAGAUGGAGCCCAUGGGUAAUCAGCAUCUGUGCUGCAGAGAGUGCCGCUUGACGGUUCACCGGAGUUGCUACGGUGUGCUGGACAACAGACCUCCUGGAAAGUGGACAUGCGACAUGUGUGCCAAUGACAAGAACCCGCAGGUCGCUAUUGACUACAAGUGCGUGCUUUGCCCACAUGAGUAUACCCACCAUGACUUUGUCGAGCCGCCCAAAAUCUCUCACAAGAAGAAAACGGAGAAGGAAAGAGAAAGAGACAGGAUAGAGCGCGAAAAUGCGCAAAAAGCGGCCGACUUUUACCGCAAGAAGCAGGAGGAGAUGAAUCGGCCUGUCAACCCUCGCGAGCCCCUGAAGUGCACGACCGAUAACAAUUGGGUGCACGUCACAUGCGCGGUCUGGACACCGGAGGUCAAGUUCGGUAGCGCAAAGGCGCUGUGUCCUGCUGAAGGAAUUCCCACGAUCCCGAGGGCGAAGUUUGCCGAGAUUUGCAAGGCUUGCAAGAGAGACGGAGGAGCUUGUGUGUCUUGCCACCAGUGCCGCGCCUCUGUCCACGUCGAGUGUGCUCACCAGGCAGGUUAUGCUCUGGGUUUUGACAUCACGCCUGUCAAGGGCUCGAGGCGCGAUCAGCACAAUAUUGUCAGCAUCAAUGGGGACGCUGGAACUAUGUCGGCGGUUGUCUAUUGCAAGGAGCACCUGCCUACCAAGACGGCUAUCUAUCGAAUGCACGACAUUGUGGCGGAAAACGGGACGACUGCUCUGCAGCUGUAUGUCCAGAACUACAAACAGGCCGAUACAGCGCUGAAGGGAUGCGCCAAGAAAGCCAACCAGAUUGCUGUCACGUCCAAGGUUUCGACAUCGCCAUCCACGCCUUCGCAUCACGUCAACCGCCGGGCAUCUCUGAUCAACAACUCCAUCUCGCACAUUCUCAACGGGGAUGCGCCAAUGGAGGACGCACCGUCGAUGCAACAGAACGGCAAGAUCUGUCUUACCUGCGCCACCGAUGUCAGUCCCAAGUGGCACCCGAUCAAUCAGGAACAGGAACGCGGGCUCACCAACGGGUACUUCGGGAACUUGGGCUCCGAGGCGCAAAAGUUCGUGGAACAACGCAGUUUCCAGUGUCACAAGUGCAAGAAGUUGGGUCGCCAGCCGAAUCCUCAUCCGCAGCUCAAAAGAGAGCCUACGCCACCACCCGAGCCGGUCCGGCAGGCUUCGCAAGCACCACCGGCUGUUGUUCCUAUCGGUGGCCCUACCGAGCCUCGUCACCCCAGUAUCAGCUCCUACAGGACCUGGUCACCUCCCCCGAUGCAUUCUGCGUCGGGUCCUCCGCCCGUGGUUCAGCCACCACCGCAGCUACAAGCUCCUUUACCAGGUCCGACUGCUCCCCAACUGAUCCCUCCACCGGUAGCCGUCCAGUCACAGGCGGUGCAACCACCUCCUCUUCCGCCCACCAUCGUCCCGAGAGGACUGCCCGUCCAACCUCCACCGCCCGAGUACGCCCCAGCAAACAGGGGCUACAGCGAAUGGCCCCGAGCCUCUGCCCACCCAAAUAACAUGUCACCUCUACUCAACCAUCCCCGCGAGAACCACCACCGCGAGAACCACCACCGCGCCCCGACCCCUCCCCCACUGAGUAUGCCACCCCUGGCACCACCACCAAACCACCUCCGUCCACCACCGAUCCAGACAAUUGGCCCACCGCCUGGACCACCAACCCACAACGGGAUAAUGCACUCGCCUUAUAGGAACGGGGUCGGGCUGAACGGAGGGGGGUCAUCACCGCCUAGGAGGACGAGUGGACCUCACCAGCCGCCGCCGGUGAUGAAUGGGUAUGGUCAUCAUGUCGAGCAUAUGCGUCCGCCGCCACCGCAGCAUCAUAUGAUGGAGCCGCAGCCGCAGCCGAAUUAUCUGAGGCAGGGGGGGCCGCACUGGGGGGGACAUGUGCAUCAAAGCCCGCCGCCGUUGAGAGAGCCGAGCCUACCGCCUCCGAACAGGGAGCCGAGGGCGAGUGGGGCUAGUGCCAGUCCUUCGUUGAGGAAUUUGCUUUCUUAGGGGGGGGUUAGCGGCCGAGGAGGAGGGGGUUUUAUGGGGGGGGGAAGAAGGAGUGGGUAGACAGGGGAGUGUAAUAUAUAGUGUAUAUUUUGAGGGGGAACACACUCGGAGGAAAUGGGUAGCGGGGAAAAAAAGGGCUUCUGAGGGUUUGUUAGAGCAAGAAAGAGCGUUUAUUGAGUUUUUAUUUUUAUUUUCUUUUUACAUGUUCUGGGUUGUUGUUUGUUUGAGCGUGAUUGGAGUGAAUGGUAUAUAAAACUGCGGUGUGGGGUCUGAAAUGGGCCUUUUUCUUGUCUUGUUAUUUU